AUGGAGCAAUACUCUCAUUCUCAAUACUUGAUGUGGAUAAGAAGCAAACAUAUUCUGAAUUCACACUUGCAGGCGUCCAUGAAUUCGUUCACCAACUCGUGGGAAGAACAAGCUUUCGCAGAAGAUGCAGCCGGUCCUCUUGGAGGGUUCAUAUGGCCUCCGAGGUCUUAUUCUUGUAGCUUUUGUAAAAGAGAGUUCAGGUCUGCUCAAGCCCUAGGUGGUCACAUGAAUGUCCAUAGGAGGGAUAGGGCUACGCUCAAGCAAUCCCUCACUCCAUUUAGAAACCCUAACCAGCAUCCAUCUAAUUCAUUGGAUGCUCCAAACCCUUCUCACCAAAUUUGCAUCUUGGAUUCCAAUUCCAACCCUAUUUCAAACCCUAAUUUCACCCAAGAUAAUUUUGAUGAAAGUACCCUUUUGUCUCCUUUCACUUCUUCUAUUGUUAAGGAAGUUGAAUCGAGUAUUUCGGAUUCAAAGAUUGAUCCAAGGAAAGAAGAAAAUGCAGUCAUGGGUGGUCAUGAUGAUUAUGUUCAAACAAGUUUGUCUGUGGGGUUGAAUCUGGUGGUUUCACAAAAUCAAUCAACUGGAUCAGAUGGUGAAGAGGCAGUGAGUUAUAAGAGACACAAGAGCAGUAGUAGUACUGUUUCUUCAUUGCCACUCUUCCCCAAACCUUGUUCAAGUACUGAUAGAUGUCCUUUCAAGCCAGAGGUAGUACUUGGAGUCUCCAUUGAGGACAUAGACCUUGAGCUCAGGCUUGGAGGUGACCCACCAAAGGUGAAGUAAAGCUAGCGCCUUUCUAACUCCAUUGAUGACGCACCUGUUUCAAAGUUACAUCUAGGCUUCUCUUAUCUGUAUUUUGAAGCUAAUGUGGCACUAGUUGAUUUAAGUUUUUUUUUUUACUUUCUUUCCUCUUGGUUGACUUAGAAUUAAUAUUAAGGUGGCCGGAGAUUAGUCUGCCAUUAGCUAGCUCAUCGAAUCGGAUGUGUCUUAGUGAAUCUAUUUCCAUCGAUCGUCAAUUAAUUUCAACUUAUUUAUGAUAUAUAACCUUC